AGCAUAAAAAUACAUACAUAUAUUUCCAAAUUCAAAUUUUUCUUCGAUAAGGAAUAUUGUUUUUCAACGAUAAUCUCAUUGUUAACAUUCAAUAUCUAAUUGAUACCAAAAAAUCAUAUACAUAUGUAUGUAUCUAAAGCACGGCAACGCACCAAACUUACCCAAAAUGGAAUUUGCUCACAGUUUAGAUACAUAUUUGGAAUACACACACGACGCCCUCAUUUUGAAAUUCCAGCGUCUUGUGAAAUAAAUGUUUGACAGUCGCCGACCAUAUGUUAUACAACAAUUAGGUGAGCACUGGUAAUAAAAGAUGAGUCGUUCCGUCGUUUCACUGUUAAACAAAACAUCUAAAGUCUUGGCACGCCACAAUGGUGUUCCCUCUAUGCUAUUUGGAGCUAGCGGAUGUUAUGGGACAGCGCUUAACACGUUAGUGGUGCGCCAACAACAAACAAUGGCUGUUGUAGAUCCAAAUAAUCCACUCCCCAAGAAAAGUACCUCGGCCUUUGGUAGCAAUCAAUCUAAUCUGAUGGAAUAUACUGUCGCACGUUUGGAUGAUAUUUUAAAUUGGGGACGCAAAGGUUCCAUGUGGCCUUUAACAUUCGGUUUAGCUUGUUGUGCUGUAGAAAUGAUGCAUGUUGCUGCGCCUCGUUACGAUUUGGAUCGUUAUGGUGUUUUGUUUCGUGCAUCGCCCCGUCAAGCGGAUAUUAUAAUUAUUGCAGGUACACUUACGAAUAAAAUGGCACCCGCUCUAAGAAAAAUUUAUGAUCAAAUGCCUGAACCCCGUUGGGUUAUUUCUAUGGGUAGUUGUGCCAAUGGUGGCGGAUAUUAUCACUAUUCGUAUUCUGUUGUGCGUGGAUGCGACCGCAUUAUACCAGUAGAUAUCUAUGUACCUGGCUGUCCACCAACAGCUGAAGCCCUCAUCUACGGUGUACUUCAAUUACAGAAGAAAGUGAAACGAAUGAAAACGGUGCAAAUGUGGUACAGGAAGUAGAUCAGUAGAAACAUGCAAUUAUGUACAAAGAUUGGAUAAUUAACAGUUAAGCUUCCCAAUUAAGCGCCUUAUAUUUUUGGAUACAAUUUUUUUAACGCUUUGUUAUUAAAUAAAAGAACUUCAAUUAUGUGGUGUCUGAGGAAAUAA